AAGGAUGAAAGGAAGACAAGUGAUAGACGGAAAAAGGAAAGCAGAGAUCUUGAUAGAAGAAAAGAGCGGUCAAAGAAUGAGGUGAGUGAGUGAGUAGUCUAUAAAGCCCUUGGAAACUUUGGUGGAAAUUGUCUUGUUCCCUCUAUUUAACAGCAAAUUAGUAAUAUUCAACCUUUCUAAAAUGCUUUUAUGACUCUCUCAUUCUCUUAGGAAUCUAGUAGUAGAGAAAAAGAGGACAAAAUGACGAGAAGAGAAAAAGAAAAGAUUGAAGCAUUAAAAAAGAAAGAGGUAUUUUUGUCAACCCUUUAGCUCCCAGAUCAAAUUUGUAAUUUUCCUUACUGUCAACUAUACAAUUCUUGUAAUGUUAGCUUAGAGAAUUUAGAAUCGGAACAACUAAUUAUCCCCAAUUAAUAUUUUUCUUUAUUCUCAUCACUUUUUUACCGCCCAGCGCAAAAAUUUUGGUAUAAAAAAGUCAGUCGAAAAGUCGAUUAAAAUAAUUUGUAUGAUCGAGUAAAAGCUCCAUUGACCAGUGGCGUUUACUAUUACAACCACCUCCUACCCCUUCCUGCGUAGUCAUAGUCCGUCUCUCACCCCUCCUUGAGUAAACUAACUGUUUAUUUUCCGACUUAUUUUGGGGGCCAGACAUGAAAUUCGAGCAUCCUGAGGCUCCAAUGGCAUGUUGUUUUAAAUAUCGAUAGAGAAUAUAGUUAAAUCAGGCCAUGUGUCUCAUCAGUUAGAGACAACGAAGGACCAUGGGAAACAUUCGCAAAAUAUCAGCUUUCUGUUUUUCUGUGACCGACGUUUUGUCUUGUUUAGUGGUACCUUACUAAGUUCCUGAUCACAUGAAACAGCUCUUUUUUUUAAAUGACGUUUUCUUCAAGCUCUGUUUCGUUACUUUAUUCAAAGUACGAGACAUUUUCACCUGCUUUUGUUCAGAUACCACAGGAUAAUUGGGUUAUACUUUGAAUACCUUAACAAUUUUUUUUUAGAAAGCAGCGAGCGCUGCUAAAAUUCACUUUCGUUCAUUUUGGCAAGCUGCAGCGCCACUAAAGGCAGGAAAACCGAUACGAUUGUUUUCACUGAUGAAAAAUUUCGCCUUCGGCUUAUGAUUGGUCAGACGAUUACUUCCCACUUGUGUGAAAAACUGCUCGACCAAUCAGAAUUUGUGCUUUUUAUUAUUUUAAGAGACAAUUUCCCUUGGAGUGAAUCUCAGCAUGUAUAUAAUGAUCGAAUAUGUCAUAUUUUUCAAACACAUUUGGCAUUGCUGUAAUUGCUUGUGCAACCUAGAGUAAACAACAUGCGAAGGUACGAAAUAACACACAAUAAAGAAUAAGUAACUGGAAAUAUACUGAGUGUAUAUAUAUUAGUAUAUACUAUACUAAAUAUACUAAGCUGGAAAUAUACUAAGCGGCGCAUUAAAAAAAUAUAUGGAAUAAUAAUUGCAAAAGCCAUAAAAGUAAAGAAGUAACUUGCACCUUAGCCUAAACGCGUGGCUUGAAAAUCCAACAUGACGGCUGUUUUUUAGAUUGUUAGAGCGUGAUAAUAAAAUUGAAACGCAUACACAGAAACUCUGGAAUAGCCUCUUUGGAAGAUAUACGACGACCAAAUGAUAAUUUUAGACUUGGGCUUUUCCACAGGGUGUCCAAAAAGACUUUGAACGCGAUGAAGUUGGGGCUGUAAACUCAAGGAAGUGGAAGUUGGAGUGCGGCUCUCUUCCUUCUCUAUGUAAGCGUUAGCGAAUAGUUAUUUUACUUUUGUCCUUCAUAUAUCAAUGUUAAUACAAGAAGAUAACAUCCUACUCGUCACAAGUACUGAUGUACCCUUAACCUACUGUUGAUGACAUUUCGUGGCCAUGGGCUCAUACCGUACUCUCAGAUUAAUAUUUGCACGACAGUGAUUUUCCUAACUCUUCUUCGAGUCUUGUCGGCGCUAAAUUUUUUGAUGAGGUGAAGGUGAAAUGUGAGCUAAAUUCUACAUGAAAAACAAAUAGAAACUUAUCAUGCGUUACUGCGUGGUAUUUGGGAUACGUAUUGGGUUUUGGAAUUAAUAUUUUACUAAUACUUCUAUUUUAUAUUUCGUGAAACAAUUACUUCAAAAAUUCCUUGGUCGUUUUUAACAAGACGCGAGUGUCAUUGAAAUAUAUCACCUUGACAACGGUGAAUUGGACUUCUUCGCUUGCACACCCGGGAUUCAACGUCUUGCUGGCAUCGAACUCCUGCGUCUUGUAAAAAAUUUGUUCUUUUCAGCCUGACCUUUUGAAUGCCUUUUUUAAAGAUGACUUUGAAUAAACCUAUCCUUCCUAGAAAGCUGAUAUUUUUGUGUUCUGUCGAUUUUCCGAUAAAGCUCGUGAGAGCUGGCUUAUAAUCAAUUUUUUACGCUUGCUCUAGACAGGCAGAACAUAACCCCCCGACUAUCAAAAAAAGAUCAGAAAAAGAUCAGAGCAGAUAUUGUCUGCAUAUUAAGUUGUUUAAACCUCGCAUCAUUCUCAACAGCACAUAAGAAAAACACUUUGUGAUCAGUUGGCUCUUACGACGUCGCUCUCUGCCUCUUGUUAUUUUAGGCCGAACAAUAAUGAUUUCACCCUUAUAAGUGUUAAAAUGGAAGAACUCAAUGCGCAAUCUCAAAUAGUGACUAUGGCACUUUAAGGAUAACGUUAAUGAAAAGCUUUGUUUAAGAAACCUCAACGUAAAAAAUAAAAAGACAUUGAUUGAUAACUCAUUCGGUCUAAGACUUCAUACGAAGAUUAUCAAUGGGAUGAUUUUUUCUAUGAGGGGUCAUAAUUACUUACACUAGUUGAUAGCACUCAGUGAAUGUUGGCGCGGAGGUAUCUUACAAUUUUAAUGAUAUUGCAUUUUGAUUUUUUCUUUCUUCCAGACCUUCAUGAUUGCAUCCCACCACCAUUGAUGGCCAAUGUAAGGAGAACGCUUGACUGUGGGUUUGGUUUUUGCUAGUUUGUUUGUUUGCUUUUUGGAACUCAAUAAUGUAAAGCAAAUUAAAUUUACUCGUAACUUUCAGUAUUUCUCUCGCAAAAUCGAUUGAGCGAUAGCUGAAUAGAAUUGGUUUUAACUAAGCCAACCGUAAAGAAAUAGUAAGUCCUGGGUACAUCCUGGCCAUGGAGCCAUGGAAUUUCUUGUUUCGAAUUCCGAUUCUGCUCUCGUUUCCAAAGUUCCCUCAAAGUUCAAAAUAUAACAAGUUCUGACUUGGACUUGACUCUCAUUGUCCAGCUGGACAGAACAAUUUUAAACAGUCUCGAAUUCUCGGCCCAGCGCAAAAAUUUUGGCAUUAAAAAGGUCAGUGGAAAUACCGAUUAAAAUAAUUUGUAUGAUCGAGUAAACGCUCCAUUAACCAGUAGCGUUUCCUAUUACAACCACCUCCCACCCCUCCCUGUGUAAUCAUAGUUCGUCUCUCACCCCUCCCUGAGUAAUAACACUGCCUCCCAGCCCUUCCUCAGUAUACUAUGAGACUACAUCCCACCCCUCCCUUUGUACUAAUGGUGUGCUUCCCCCCGAUAAAAUGGUUAAAAAAAUGGUCUAAAAAGAGUCCAAAAAAUAGUCCAGUCCAUAUUUUAACCUAUGCCAUAUUAGACUGCCCGUUUUGUUUUGUUUAAUCCAUCAUCGAUACUCCUGACCGUAUUAAAUAAUGAUCUAACUUUCAAAUACGCAUUUUGGUUAUAACGAAUCAAGUCAGGUAGAAUAUGUUCUAAUCGUUUUGCUAACGCCUCAGAAGCCAUUUUGCUGUCCACAUUAAUGAGAGAGAUUGGUCUCUGUAUUUUUUGUUGAUGUUGAGCAAAAUUACGCGUCCCGUCAGACUUAAGUCUCGAUUGGGAAUUGGUCAAUAGGCUACCAAAAAUCCAGACAGAGGCGGAGUUUUCUAUACUAAUGUCUGAACACUUUGUUGGCUUCCCGCCGUUUGGCGGGACGCGUAAUUAUGCACACGAUGGUAAAGGCCCUUCCGCACAAGCUAUUAGACGCUGACAAAACUUGGUUCUCUUCACUCAAAAUCACAUCAAAAUUUGUCCUUGCUAAAUUUCAAGUGUGCUGCACGUAUCAUCACCCCCGAGGACACCUUUACGUAAGAGGGCGGGGGUGUGCGCCGGAAAUUUCGAAAACGACCCUUAUAAAAUAAUAAAAAGUACCUGAGUCUUAUCUGUGUGGGAGUGGCAACAAUUGAUGUCUACCCCUAAAAGUACCAAUUCAAAAGCAAAAAAAUUGAAAAAUCCCCAAAAUAAAAAUUCCUUGAUCGAUGUGCUCUAGAGGCUCAAGUCAUAUCAUUAAAAUCUUAAUGCUUAUUUCAGGUAUUUUAUUGAGCGAAAAACACCCUAAAACGUACCAGCUAGGUCUCUGGUUUUUUUUACCCCUAAAAGUUACGACAAGCAUCCUUACCCAUUUCCGAUCGCCUUCUCCACCCCAGUCAGCACCUAAAAACAAAGAUUUGCCCCCCAGUGAAAAAAAAAGUGAUUUGCCUCAGUCGCCCCCCACCUCAAAAAUCUAAUGUUCCGUCCCUAAGAUACCUUUUACAUAAUUCCGAAAUGAGUUUCGUUCCGGAACGAAAUGAAUUUCAUACCGCGUUUACAUACAAGAUAACUUAGCCUGUAAAAACAAUUAUUUAUGUCCUAUUCUGUCUUUUUCUAUGUUUCCCUCGCUCCUAAAGAGGAUUCAUACAGACAUAAGAGUCGUACCGCGUUUAUAUUAUACAGGUACAAGAAUGAAUGUUUCGUUCUGGAGUGAAAACCCCUAUAAACCCAUUCAGAAAUGACUCGUUUCGGAUAAACUUUACUCUGGUAUUAUGUGGCAUUCUUGAACAAAACUCAUUCCGAUAUCAUGUAAUUAAAAGGCUCCUAAAAGUUUUUAUUCCCAGAGCAUCACGCUUUGCUCUCCUGUCGAAAUACUGUAAAUUUCAAAAGUGUUGAUGCAACAACCCACUUUUAACUGCUUCGCUACCACUGAAACAACGAUCAGUUACCACAAAAGGCAUAUAUUCUAAUAUUUUCAAUUCAACAUAAACAAAAAUUUAUAUACAGGGUAAAUAUUCAUUUAUGUCAGUAUGAAUUAUUUCGUGAUUAGCUUAUGAUGUAAAUGGAGGAGGGGAAAACACAACGCAAAACCUGGGCUCCUGUCAAAAAGUAAUACCCAGGCGUUAUAAAAUAAUCGAAACAGCUAAUAAAAUCAUAACCUAGAGUGUUAUGGUAGAUUUUUUAACAAAUUGUAGUGAUUAAUGGCAGUAAACGGUGACGACAAGUAGGCAUACCAUGCAUAUUUCAUAGUCGCUAGCAAGUAAAUUUUGCUGGACUUUGAGUUCGUCUCAAGAUAAAACAACACAAAUACACAACGAAAUUUUUUCAGUGACUUUUUAACCAUCCUUUUGUCUUUUAAAAGCUCGAAGCUCAGUAGAUUCUGUCAUAUCGGUCAUUGUUAAAACUGUCUUUGUUUUGAUGCUACUUUUUGACAUAGGAAAAGUAUGUCGGACAAAAAUAUUUGCAAAAAAAUAAAUAUUACUUUGCCAGCUCCAGUAAUGACAAAGGAAAUAGUUUAGAUAAUAAAACAAAGGAUUAUGUUGACAGAAAAACCUGAGGUCAAGGUUAUUCGUUACAUGAGGUCACACAACUCAGGUAAUAUUCACGGUGAAAAUUUGCGUAUUUGAGCGGUCGAACGAAAAAAAUAAGUUCUCAAAAACUAAAAUAUAUUUUCACAAAAAAACUACACCACAAUUAUUAGGACAUAUUGGGCUACAAAACAUGAAAGUAGGAGUGAAAUGAAAUUUUGGGCGACUUGCCACAAUAUUUCAAAUUUGUGUGAUGGAUGCUGACAUCAUCUCUUAACUUGUUUAGUGGUAUCUUACUAAGUUCCUGAUCACAUGAAACACCUCUUUUUUCUAAAUGACGUUUUCUCUAAGCUCUCUUUUGUUACUUUAUUCAAAGUACGAGACAUUUCACCUGCUUUUGUUUAGGUACCACCGAAUAAUUGGUUAUGCUUUGAACACUUUUGCGUUUUUUUCUUGGAAAGCAGCGAACGUUUCUAAAAUUCACUUUCAAUCAUUUUGGCGAGCUGCAGCGCCACGAAAGGCAGGAAAACCGAUACGAUUGUUUUCACUGAUGGAAAAUACCGCCUGCGGCCUGUGAUCGGUCACACAAUUACUUCUCAUUUGUGAGAAAACCCCUUCGACCAAUCAGAAUUUGUGCUGUUUAUCAGCACGUACAUAAUAAUCAAAUACACAUUCGGCAUUACUCUUAUUGCUUAUGCAACCUGGUGUCAGCUGAAGGUACGAAAUAACACAUAAUAUAUACACAACAAAGGGAACGAAACAGAGCUGAAAAUAUACAGAAACAUAUGGAAUAAUUAUUGCAAGAGCCAUAAAAGUAAAGAAGUAACUUGCACCUUGGCCUCAACGCGUGGCUUGAAAAUCCAACAUGACCGCUGUUUUUAGAUUGUCGGGGCAUGAUAAUACAAUUGAAACGCGUGCGCAGAAACUCUGGAAGAUAUACGACAACCAAAUAGUAAUUUAAGACUUUUUUCACAGGGUAGCCCAAUAUUACGGCGCACACGUUCUGCCCUAGAUAUAGGGAGGUCUAACUCUUCUUCCUCUGAAGGUAAGCGUUAGCGAAUGGUUAUUUUUCUUUUUUUUCCUUCUCAGCUGUCCAUAUAUUGAUCUUGAUACAACUAGAUAACAUCCUAAUCGUCACAAGUACUGAUAUACCCAUAAACUACUGUUAGUGACAUUUCGUGGCCAUGGGCUCACACCGUGCACUGAUUGAACUUGUACGACAGUGAUUUUCCUAACUCUUCUUCGAGUGUUAUCGGUGCAAAAUUUUUCUGAUGAGGUGAAGGCGAAAUGCGAACUAAAUUCUAUAUGAAAAGCAAAUAGAAACUUAUCAUGCGUUACUGAAUGGCGUUUGUCCAAAACUCAAAAUGAAGACUGCAGUUCGGGUACCUUAUUGUCUUCGAGAUAUUUCUUAAAGCGGCUAAGUCACGAUUCACGCAUGCGCAUUUAAAACGAAGGAAAUAGUGACAACAGGCCGUUGGUAACCUUUGCCGUCCAGUUUCAAAAAAUCCGUUUAAUCUUGGGAUUUUGCCACCUCCAAAAGCUCUCAUACAAAAGUACAUUAAGGAAAAGUCUUUGGUGUUGUUUUGGAAUGAAUAUUUUACGAAUACUUCUAUUUUACACUUCGUGAAACAAUUGCCUAAAAAAUUCCUUGGUUGUUUUUUAAUAAGGUGCGAGUGUCAUUGAAAUAAGUUACCAAAAACAACGGUGUAUUAGAUGUCUUCGCUUGCACAUCCGGCAUUCAACUUCUUGGUAACAUCGAACUCCUGCGUCUUGUAAAAAAUUUGUUCUUUUCAGCCUGACCUUUUGAAUGUCUUUAAGGAUUACUUUGAAUAAACCUGUCCUUCCUAGAAAGCUGAUAUUUUUGUGUUCUGUCGAUUUGCCGAUAAAACUCGUGAGAGCUGCCAUAUAAUCAAUUUCUUAUGCUUGCCCUAGACAGGCAGAACAUAAUUUUCAGACUGUGUCUUUAUCGAGAGGGAGAGCCCUAAAAUCUAUUGAGACUCAGAAAAAGAUCAGAGCAAAUAGUGUCUACACAUUAAGUUGUUUAAACCUCACAUCAUUCCCAACAGUGCGUGAGCAAAACACCUCGUGAUCGGUUGGCUCUUACGACAUUGCUCUUUAGACCAAACAAUACUGGAAGAAUUUCCAAAAUGGAAGAACGUAAUGCGCAAUCUCUAAGAGUGACUAAGGCUCUUUAAGGAUAACGUUAAUGAAAAGCGUUGUUUAAGAAACCUCGACGCAAAAAUUAAAAGCAUUGAUUGAUAGGAAGAUCAUCAAUAGAGUGAAGUUUAUCUAUGAGAAGUCACAAUUACUUACAUUAGUUUAUAGCACAGAAUGUUGGCGAGGAGGGGUCAUAUUCAUCUUAAUGGUAUUGAUUUUCUUCUUUUUUUCAUGCUUCGGUUAUGCUUCCGUCCCUGAAUCAGAGUCGCCCAGGGUAAGGAAAAUGCUUAACUGUAGGUUUGAUUUUUGUUUUUGUUUCUUUUUUUUUUGGUACUCAAUAGCUUAAAGCAAAAUAGUUUCAUAAAUAAGUUUUAGAAUUUCUCCAGCAAAAUUGAGUGAGCGAUAGCUGAAUAGAAUUGGUUUUAACCAAGCCAAUCAUCAGGAAAAAGUAACCAAUUGUGACUGGUUAAAUUCUGGCAAUGGAACCAUGGAAUUUCCUGUUCGUUUUCCGAUUCUGCCCUAGUCUCCUCAAUUCAAAAAGUAGCACAAGGCUUAACGUGAUCUUUUUAUUCAGUGGCCAGCUAGUUAGAUCAAAUUAAGAAAGUGUUCUUUAAUGUCUUUCGUUUAUCGUGGCAUUAACAUUUCUCAGAAUGAAGAUCAUAUUCUAAGUAUAAUGCUGGCACUGUCAACCGUUCAGCUUCAAAGUGAAAUUUGGUAUUCUUAUGCAAACGUUUUCUUUCAGAGGAUUUCGUUACAGUCACUGGAAACUAAAUAUAAUUUCUCUGAAGGUUAGCGUCAUGGAGUGUUUAUUUUCUCUCCAUAGCUGUUUAGUCCAUCAGUAUGUCCAUCUAGAUUUUUCGCUUUAUUGUUUUGACCUACAUGUCAAAAGAACUGUUAUGCCUAUAACCCACGAUUGAGAACAUGUCGUGGCCAUGGGCUUAUAACGUGCAAUCGAACUUGUGUAAACUUUGCUAUUCCUUACCCUUCCUUUACCUUGCAAGUGGUGUUGGCACAUAGUCUUUUGAAGAGGUGAGGAAGAAAUAUUUUAAUUCUACACUCGAAGAAAGGGAACUCAGUUUAUCAUCCGUCACUGAGUACUCUGAGUCCAAGAUAUUAAAAGAAGAAGUGUGAAUAAGUUUGUUUUAGCAAAGAGACUUUGCUUUCUUUAGUGUCAUCAAGUGUUGAUUGUCUAUAUAUUAAGUUGUUUAAACCUCGCAUCAUUCUCAACAGCCCGUGACCAAAACACUUUGUGAUCUGUUGGCUUUUACGACGUCGCUCUCUGCCUCUUGUCGAUUAGUCGAGGUCGAAGAAUGGUGAUUUCACGCUUUUAAGUGUCAAAAUGGAAGAACUUAGUUCGCAGUCUCAAAGAGUGACUUACGCCCCUAAAGGCUAACGUUAAUGAAAAGCGUUGUUUAAGAAACCUCGACGCAAAAAUUAAAAGCAUUGAUUGAUAAUCUAUUUGUUCUAAAACUUCAUAGGAAGAUCAUCAAUAGAGUGAAGUUUAUCUAUGAGAAGUCACAAUUACUUACACUAGUUUAUAGCACUGAAUGUUGGCGAGGAGGGGUCAUAUUCAUCUUAAUGGUAUUGAUUUUCUUCUUUCUUUCAUGCUUCGGUUAUGCUUCCGUCCCUGAAUCAGAGUCGCCCAGGGUAAGGAAAAUGCUUAACUGUAGGUUUGAUUUUUGUUUUUGUUUCUUUUUUUUUGGUACUCAAUAGCUUAAAGCAAAAUAGUUUCAUAAAUAAGUUUUAGAAUUUCUCCAGCAAAAUCGAGUGAGCGAUAGCUGAAUAGAAUUGGUUUUAACCAAGCCAAUCAUCAGGAAAAAGUAACCAAUUGUGACUGGUUAAAUUCUGGCAAUGGAACCAUGGAAUUUCCUGUUCGAUAUCCGAUUCUGCUUUUAUAGACUAGUCUCCUCAAUUUAAAAAGUAGUAGAAGGCUUAACGCGAUCUUUUUAUUCAGUGGCCAGCUAGUCAGAUCAAAUUUAGAAAGUGUUCUUUAAUGCCUCUCGUUUAUCAUAGCAUUAACAUUUCUCAGAAUGAAGAUUAUAUUCUAAGUAUAAUGCUGGCACUGUCAACCGUUUAGCUUCAAAGUGAAAUUUGAUAUCCUUAUGCAAACGUUUUCUUCCAGGGGAGUUUAUGGUCACUGGUAGCUAAAUGUCAUUUCUCUGGAGGUUAGCGUCGUCAAGUGUUUAUUUUUUUCUCCUCAGCUGUUUAGUCCAUUAGUAAGUCCACCUAAAUAUGUAGACAUUUCUUUGUUUUCAUAUUUUCCAUAUGCAGCAUUGAGCCUACUUACCUGUCAUAUUUGGAGCAAAAUUUCGCCACAAAUACGUUUUUACUUCCCAAAAACUUACAUAAAAGUUAUCAAUUACUUACCGCUUCUGCCCUACCCAUCUUGGGAGUUGUAUUUCCCCGCUUAAAACCCUGAAAGAUGCCUUAAAUUUUGGUAAUGGUGAAUGUACCGAGGUUUGAUUAUCAUUGCUAGAACACCACUUUUUUCAGAAAUUUAUCACGAACGCUGCUACCCGGCAUAAAAGUUAUGAUCUUACACAGGCCUUACUAAGCGGCAGCCAUUUUUAAAUGGCCCGAAAAGCCUGCAUAAUGAGGGAUAUCCGCCAUCUUGUCUUGGAUUGUUGGUAAUAACUGAAAACAUAGAUAUGGCGCAUAAAUAGUCAGUCCUGAAAGUUUUUUCGUAUAAAUUGUUGUCUAUUCAGAAACCCAACAACCGAACACAUUCACAACUUUCCUUGAAGACCAUCUUUUUCGUGAGUGGACAUUGGGCAAAUGUAUUGGAGCCGGAGCUUUUGGCAAGGUACGUUAACUUAAAUUGUAAUCAAGGAUUUGACGUAAAAGUAAAUAAAUGCCAGAAAAUAACAGGAUUGUACUCAACAUUUUGUGAGACUUGACUACAAUCUUUGGAUAAAAUGUGCUUCUCAUUGAAACUGAGUAAUCUUAAAGAGUAGCCCUAUUAUUAAAUCAACACCGAGCUCAAGUUAGUUCUAACUUCGCGGAGGUUAGAAUCACGGUCUCUAGAUUACAGUAACAAGGCUACUUUGUUUCUUAUCCUUCAAUAUUUUUGCAGCGCGUGAAACAAAAUGUUAACGAUCAGCCUGCUGUUUGCUUGUUCCCUUGUCAAUGUUCUCUGUUACGAAUUUAAGAAAACACAAAUAUAUCUCUUCUUCUGUAACGAUCACAAAAUAUUUUCUCAUCUUGAAUACAUUUUAAAGGCAGGCUUUUAUCGUGAUUGACGGAAAGGUUUGAAAAUUGGGGAAUAUCACCGGUUACCAUAUGGCAGGCAGCACCCGUGGGCAAUAUGAAGUGAAUACUGCGUUCCGAUUAGCUACCCGCGCGGGCAAGACGAGCCCAUCUUGCGCUUUCCCGUUUUGAUACCGCGCAAGAAAGGAAAAACUGCCCGGGAUGCACUAACAAGUUUGGAAAUUUUUUGAAAUGUUAGCCAGAGAGUUUUAGCGGUAGAGGACAGUCCAAACAAAAAAGGCAUGAACGAGUUUCGUGAGUUUAUUGUGCUACAAAAACUGUUGCUCGAAAUUCGAUAAGUCAUUAUUGAUUCUAUUAAAAUUGAAGCGAAGCCUUUUUGCUGUACAAUAAAUCCUUUAUUGACCAAGGUUGUUUGGUCAAGAUGGCUUGAUUUUAACCCCGUUCUUUUUUUUUGUGUGUGUUUUUAUGGACCUCUACUUUGUCUCGGUCCGUAAAAAUGCAAAAAAAAAACUUGUCCAAUAUCCAGCCAAUCUUGACCUCACGCUUGAUCAACAAUGCAUAAAUACCGUAUUUCCCCGAACAAGCGCCCGGGCGCCUAUUUGAAAUUUCGGCCGAAAUGGGGGCGCUUAUUAAAUUUUCCUUUUAACGAACUGUAACUUUAUUUUGGCCACAUCUUCCAUAUACGUAUACGUGAAGUCAAUAUUUAAAUCUUUUGUUUAAAAAUGAGGAAAGACUUAUUUGUUUAAAGAGCUGACAGGGAAGAGGCAAAGAAGUAUGACGACGAUGUAAUUAGAACUUACAAAGUGAAGCAUGUGCAUGGCUCUGACAGGUUAUAGCUUGUUGGUCGCAUUCUGAUUGACCUAUCAUUCCUUAUCAACUACGUUCUUAAAACGCAUCCCAAUAACUCAAUAAUACUAGAAAUUACUGGUCCUCGAAGGCCAGAGAAUGGUCUAGUUAUGCCUGGGAAGAGUACGGCAUUUGCCAAAAGCGCAGCAACAUGACAAAAUUUAAAAGAACAGAUAACACAAAUAUCACAGAGUUAGAAAUAACUGGUAUAGAAGAGAAACUACUAUCCUUUGCUGAUCCCGCUGUCGUUUAAGGUUAUGAAUAAAUUGGCAAUAGAACCAGGUUUUAUUUAUUUCCCUACUUAUUUGAAAUUGAUUGAGGGGGGGCCUUAUUCGAAGGAGGCGCUUAUUUGAUGUUUGGCCUAACUGGUACACGCUUAUUCGGGGAAGGGCGCUUAUUUGAGCGCGGGCGCUUAUUCGAGGAAAUACGAUAUUCCCCAAUUUACCGGGGGGGGCAUAUUCGGUCACGUGAUCACACGCGAUCAACAAUUCAAAAAUGGAGAAGCCUUGACUGUGCUCUGUUCUGUUGUAAAGCGCGCAGAAAGCGGUUAAGGCACGAAAGAAGAGUAGGGUGAAACACGCGUCCACAUCUCUUAGUUUCUCCCACUUCUUGAGUACUCCUACCGCUUCCUAAGUGCUUUACAACGGUAAAGAGCACAGUUAAGGCUCUAUUUUUAAGGCUCUCUAUUCUAACUUCUCUAUUUUUUUUUAUAAUAAAGAAUCUGUUGAAUUCCCCACGCAUUGCUUUCAAUUUUUUAAACAAAUAUUAUUUCUAAAGCGAACAAAAGUGUCGUCAGCAUGUUCCACACUCUCAUAAAGCAUGCUACAAUGAGCCGAUUAGAAUCCUUGUUAGAAUGGUUCAAAUAAUCUGAUUGGUUGAACUAAAGCUGUCAAAAAUGUCAAACCACAAAAUUGAAUUUAACAAUCUGCACUAUCUUACAAACUGAUAGGCAGGUCGAAUUUGACACUUUCGCCUGAAGUUUCAAGUCUCUAAAAUAGAAACUGAAAUACAUGUUCAGUGAAGUUCAUAAUUAUAAAAACACGUAAGUUUCUUCACAUGACAAUUAAGAAACAAAUUGUUCAAGGCUUGUGCUUCAUGAAUGAACUACAGCCGAAUUAACAGGAACAUAAAGAUUGCUCAGGAUGACAGCGCCAUAAAACUCGCCUGCUGUGGCUGAUGCGUCAUCCUUUCCAAUGCGUUGAGGUCCACUCAACGCAUCGGAAAGUAUGUUAGAGCAAGCUCUUAGUUGUUCACUCGAAGGGCGGCCGAUGUUAUUUCUAAGGCUUCUUCACUGAGAUGACCGGAGAUCAUAAAGUUGAGCUAGCCGCGAUGGACCUCGGCAUGAUUCAUGAUUAGUAUGAAUUCUAACAGUUGUGCCUCUUGGCCAUAUCUUCCAUCAUUCCUGUUUUGUUCUGUUUUUGAACAUGAAACUAUACUUUCUUCACGGGUGUUACCUGUGUUAAAUUCUUACUACCGAACGUAAGCCUGCAAUCUAACUGAGCGAAAAAACCUUCAAAACUCGGACUGUCAAUUGCGUUUUCUUUGUCUCGCUCACGUCAUAAUGACGUAAAUUACGGCGCUCGGUAUGUUUACAAACCUUUGUUUGGUUUCUCUGUCGCUAUUUACUCGCCCAGGGAAAUGGUCGGACAUGGUACAAUUUGGCAGGUGGCGUGACCUUGUCAAAUCCUCCCCCCACUCCCCGGACUGGUCCUAAAUCCCCUUGAAGAAACUCUUCUACAACCAGUGCUGAAGACUUUUAUAACAGUUUUUAUUAUAAUAAAGGGCUGGAAAAUAAACUUACAGGAGCUCCGCUUUUAGGCUUGAUUAAAUAAGGUAAGCAGGUAUCCGGUUAGAUCGCUCCAUGGUUAGAUCGCUCCAAGUCAGAUCGCUCCAUACCGAAGUCAGAUCGCUCCACUCGAAAGUUAGUUCGCUCCAUCAAAUAAGUUACUUCGCUCCAUACAUAAGUUACUUCGCUCCAUGUAGAAACCUAAUACACUAACUUACUUCUGAUCUUUAUAGUUUAUAGUUGAUGAUGUGUAUCGAGUUGCUGAUCGACGUAUUCGCUAACUUGAGGCCACCAAAGCGAAUUAUCGAUGUUGGAACAAGUGUUUCAGUGUGUAAUGAACGUAGAAAACUAAUAAACUAACCUACUUCUGAUCUUUGUAGUUUAUAGUUGAUGAUGUUGCUUGCGAUCAAGUUGCUGAAAUAUAAAGUGAUCGACGAUUCGUUCACUUGAACCCACCAAAGCGAAUUACCAAUGAUGAAAUAAGUGUUUCAGUGUGUAAUAAAUGAUGAAAUAAGUGUUUCAGUGUGUAAUAAAUGAUAAAGUUAUUGUCUAAAUGGUCCUGUUUAAAGAGCAGCAGACACCACAACCAUCACAAACAAAAGGCUCCUUUAGGAGCCACCAAAUAAAAUAAAAGAAAUGACCAACAAUGAAUAUGAUUUAUAAAUAUUGCUUUCAAAGAAUCGCCAUUUUUAAACGUUGUCAAAUCCAGCCGUGAGUGAGACUGGGUUCGACUCCGGCUAAAAAUGGCGAGUCUUUAGUCGCGUUACAAUACUCUUUCUUUUCUUUUCCCUUAUCCUUCUGUCUUUUAUCAACCUUCCACGUUAGUUUUCUUCAUGGAGCGAAGUAACUUAUGUAUGGAGCGAAGUAACUUAUGUAUGGAGCGAAGUAACUUAUUUGAUGGAGCGAACUAACUUUCGAGUGGAGCGAUCUGACUUCGGUAUGGAGCGAUCUGACUUGGAGCGAUCUAACCAUGGAGCGAUCUAACCGUAAUUCGAUUAAAUAUAUAUAUUAUUUUGAAGGAAUUUAACAUAAAACAAAAUUUGAAGGAUUCGACGCAAAUUUAGAGCUAUUCCUAGUCAUCGGUAAUAAAGUUCGAAGAAGUCUCACAAUAUUAUUUCUACAGAAUUAAGUGAGGAAGUCACGUACCACGUUGCAACAACUCCAACAGAGAACAGACUUGCUUUCUUACAGGGUAACCUCGCCGUAGGCACACUCCAUUCUUGUUGCGAAGACAACACUGUUUGUAGCGUAGAGAAGGUUGUGUAGCACAUUCUAACAUAGUCGAUUUUAUUUUUAAAAACGGCAACUGAUAAACGAUUUAAUCUGGGCAAUUUUUUCAGGUAUAUGAGUGUACUUUUCCAUGGGGAAACUAUGGAGGCCCGUGUGCUUUAAAAAUAGUCCAGAUAGAGUCUCAGUAUACUCAAUCGCAAAAGGUUAGUCUUGUACCCUCUGAUGUAAAUGUUUUCAUUUAAGAAAACGUCCGAUUUUUAGCUAUACGGUUACUGCUACAUCAAAAAAUUUGAGCCUUCUCUUCGGAUUCACGAAGAAUUCAUUUAUCUUGAAAAAUUUACUUCUUCGAAAUUCCAGGAGGUGGAGCAACUCACAAAUGAAAUCAAUAUUUUGAAAGAAAUCAGACACGACCGAGUUGUGGCCUAUUAUGAUAGCGCAAAGAAAGGCAAUCAUCUCCAUCUAUUUAUGGAAUUGAUGACAGGGGUAAGUUUAAAGAGGAGCAAUAUUUAAUGACUCUGCGGUUGAUGAAUGAUUACUAUAACCUUUUGAGUGUUCUAAAGUCUUGAUGGGUAUUAAUUGAGAUGAGGGGCGUUACUGAAAUCAAAAUAAACUUAAGUUUUACUAUAGCUCAGGAUACAGCUGAUAACGCUUUCUCUAAGCGACUUCCAAUUCUGGAUAGCGAACAUUAACUUUUUCUGAUUCUAUAUUUCUUCAAUCCACCUUGGUUAACAUCAUUACUAUUGUAAAUAUAUUUAGCAAUCAUUCCACGAUUGCACGUUGGAUGUGAGAUGAUAGAUAGCCAACGAGGCCCAUCUUCUUGUGCCAUCUGAUAUUACCUCACUGAUUUAGUUUAUACCAAUAGAUUAUAAAUUGCCCAUAAUCUCCUGAAUAUACUAAAGCAACUAUUUACCUCUGUGUCUGUGGCUCAGUAGCGGCCCGGUAAAUAUCCACCACUAGCCUUCUCCACUUUAAUGAAUAGCUGUGAAUUGUAAUCCAUGAAAUGUUUUUGCUCGAGCGCCUUUGGUCUCAAAACGUCACGUUACUAGAUAUACCCCACCGAAAACAAAGGAAAAUCGGGUAAUAUUCUCUAAGUGAGUCCCUAAAGUCGGUGUUAAGAAUAAAAUUCAAGAUAAGACAGUGUUUUGGUGUUUUUGCAAAAAAGUGACAUAUUUGUUUGUUUAUGAAGUCGUACCAGCGAGCACUGAAAAGUGAACAUCCCAGUCAGUGAAAGGUAAACUAGUUGUGGACAUUUAGUCUUCCGCGCUGCAAAAAUAUUACAUAGGAUGAUAGACACAGUAGCCUCCAUCUGGCGCGAAAUUAUACUCGUACGUUUGUCCUUGGACAAUAAAAGUUCCUUGAAGUUCAUAAUUUUCCUCGAGCUUCGCUCUCGGAAAACUGUUCUCUUCAAGGAACAGAUAAAGACAAGUAUACGAGCACAAUUUCGCACUAAAUGCAUGCUAUUGUUUAUCUAAUCUACAUGAAAAAUACCGAAAUUUUGGCGCUAAGCAUGCUAAGUAUUGUUUGAUGUUAUUGAUAGGGAUCAUUGUCUGAUCGCAUAAAGGAGAAAAAAGUUCUCUUAGAAGAAGAGUCGAGGAAGUACACCAUGCAAAUGUUGGAAGGAGUAUAUUUUCUACAUUCAAAAGAAAUUAUUCAUAGGGACAUCAAAGGUGCAUAGAUCAUACAUAUUAAAUAUUGUAGUAAAUACAUUGAUUAGCCAUCACGCAAAUAAUUGUCUGAGAUGCCAGUUUUUGUCUUCUUCCUCAUACGUGGUCUUUAUUUGCAAUAGUCUUUGAAAUUUACCUCACACAAUUCAAGUACUUAAUCCACAAUAAAAGUUCAGGGAGAGGUGAUGUCUGAUACCGAUAUUAAUUACUUUAGCUGGGGUAAACUUCGCUUUCAUGUCAAUUGCCGUAUGCUGUGCAUCACCUGAAGUCUUCAUUAAUCUCUAAUUGAUUCAUUCAUAUAUUCUUAGGAUCAAACGUACUUCUAGAUGAACAUGGAAAUGUUAAACUGGCAGACUUCGGACUAUCGAAAAUAAUUGAGGUACAAUUCUAUGAUAUUUUGGAUCCUUUCAAUUAAUUAUAUCCCCUGAUGUGGAUUGUGUUUGUAGCGGGUAGAACGGUUAACGGUCAAUUCGCUACCACAACAAACUCGCCACUACUGAAUGUCAAAUCGCCACCGGUGGCGAUUUGAGUUUUUCGUUAUGCGUAGCCUGUCGAGUGAAUCUCACAUUAAAUGAAAUAAAACUUGUUGAUAUCAAGAAGAUUAUGAUUAUUUUGCGUACAGCGAAACCAGAGUGAUUUUCGCCGAGUGAUAUUCGCCAGGUAAUUUUCGCCGAUGUUAAGGAACCGCAUGAAAAUUUACAUCAAAUGAAAACUAGGAUGUAGUACCUUGCAACAUUAACUGCACAUUUUUAUCAAAUGAACAAUUUUUCUCAUUAAAGGGUUCCUUUAGAAACCACCAAAUGCUAAAAAAGUCAAUUCACUAGCCAACAACGAACAAAAUAAAAUAUGAAUCGAAUCUUAAAAACAAACAGAAGUUAUAAUAAUUCAGUACCUAUUUUGGCCUUCACAUACUGCUACAAACGCCCAAUUUUCAUAAGCCAGUCAAGAUACUAAAGCUAGAGAAAGUAAUUUGUGAGAGUAAGUGAAUUCGAAGCGCAUUUUUGACAAUUUGAGCACUGAUUAACUCAUCGAUCGUCGCCUCAGAAUUGGGAAAAUUUAACAGCCAAAAUUUUGUUUGGCAUUUCGGGAUCUACCUUUAGGGUGUGCUCCCUAGUCUAAAAGUCAGUUUUAUCCUGCAACGAUAUUGAUCGAGAAAUUCGAACGCGGCCGUCGAAGGGAACAUCAAAGUUUGCCCCUCAGGGACUCCUUGAGGACGCAAUGUCGCUUUCAGCAAAAUUUCGCCCACACUCUCAAUUUCGCAUCAUCAAAACUGAAAAAUGAGACAACUCUCAAAAUCCUGGCUUUCAUAUGAUGUAAUCUUCAUUAGGUUUGAUUAAGAAAUGUGUUUGUUGCGACAAAACUCGUGUUGAAGGUCACGUCGACAUUCUUUGUGCUUUAAAGAAAGAAAAGACGCCAAGUCUGUUUCCGUAAACUUCGUCGUAUUUGUGCGAGCUCUUUGUCGCAAUAUGCUAGUACUUCUUAGCCUUUAUUUGAUGUAAGUUUCAUACGAUUUCAUAAAAAUCGGCGAAAAUCACUUGGCGAAUAUCACUCGGUGAAAAUCACUCUGGUUUCGCUUUACACAAACUGAUCAUCGUGGUAUCAACAAGUUCUAUUUCAUUUACGGUUAACGUUCCAUAUUUGAGAGGUUACAUACAACUUCUGAGUCCCUUUCCCUUUUCGCCAUACAAUACUACAUCUUAGCUCUCAUUUAAUGUACGUUUCAUGCGACAGGCUACACAUAUCGAGAUAGUCAAAUCGCCACCGGUGGCAAUUUGACUUUCAGUGGUGCAUGGCGAGUUUUGCGCUGGCGAGUUUGUUGUGGUGGCGAAUUGACCAGAUACAGACAGAACGUGCACUUCAUUUGGUUGAUUUUGCAGGAAUAGGAUUCUCACGAAAUCACACGAGUAAUAUCAGACAUAUCAUGACAAUGCAUUUCUUGAGCCUUACAAACAGACGGCUGAAGACUAUAAGCCGCGAUAAACCGAUAUAAGAACUUGUGUAUUGAUUUUAUUACUGUGAAAAACCAUAAUGCGAUCACACGAAGAGAUUCUUCACAAUUUUAACACGCCACAAGUAGGGCUUUGCGCUCUUUGAGCAGGGUAGUGAUUAACGGUAUUUCAUUGAUUUUACAUUUGGAGGUGGAAAACUUGUUUGUUUACUCGCAAUUUGACGAUUUCAAAUGUUGCAUAUAAUUCCUUGCAAACCCCACCCGAAACGUCCGAAACUGUCUUUGAAUAUGACCUGUGGGGUCAUUGGUCUAGGGCGACGUGGUAAGAGCAUAAUUUGAAACAAAUCAGCCAGAAAAAAGAUAAAAGAUUCUUGAUCUCUUUCAUUCAUACCCAGAAAAUUGGGAGUAAAACCAAUCUUAUAUCCUAUUGCGGCACUCCCUACUGGAUGGCACCUGAAAUAUUCAGGGGAGAAGGAUACGGCAGAAAGGUAGACAUUUGGUAAGUUUAACUGUCUUCAUGAUAAGUAAAACACACAUAAAGAUGAUAGAGAGAGACACAGAGAGAGAGAGUGCUGUAAGGGAAUAAGGUGGGAAUGCUGCGAAGCUAGUUGUCUAACUACUUAUGAUAGACCUGCUCCUUCGCGUUCCUCCUAUUCCGCCAAUAGCUGUCUUUACGUUGAGGCUAUCAGUCCUUUCCCUGGAUCUGCUUUUUAUGAAAGAGAGGAUCAAGUUUCAUGAGAGUUCGACUAUUAAAGUUGAUUUAAAUAAUUGUUUAAGAUGCAUUUCUGUUCUCAAUGAAAUGCUUUCUUUCUUUCCUAUAAAGGAGUGUAGGUUGUACAGUUGUGGAAAUGUUGACGGGAAGACCUCCGCUGGGUGACCUCGAGCCAGCAGCGGCCAUGUUCCGUAUUGGAUCCAAGCCAACGGAACCAAACUUGCCGGAGGAUAUAUCAAAAGCUACCAAGGAUCUUAUUACGGCUGCUUUGACAUGGUUUGUAUGGUCUAAGGGUAUAUGGAAAUGUUAGAGGUAGUAAGGAUGAACUAUUCAUAUUUGUUUCAAUUGUAGGAGCCCUGAGGAACGACCAUGGUCUAGAGAUUUGCUGUUUGAAUUUUUUCCGGAAUCUCUAUGGGGUAAGGACUGGAUGAAGCAUUUGCUUUUUAACAAAAAUAUAAAAUUGGUAUUUGACUUCUUGUCAGUGGGCUAACGUGACGAAAUUAGCCAGCAGAGAAAGCGUGGCAGGGUGAGUGCAUGGUACUCGCAAUGCGGAAGUUCCAGGUUCGAGACACGCUUUAACAGUUGUCUGGAUUUGCCUUUCAACUGUUCUGAGCUCAACAGUUCCACCAUGCUUAUAAAUAGCCAAAUGGUUUGCCUUCUGCCAUUUGGGGUUUUGAAAAACACACAUUCAACCCCUAGUUACACAGGCUACAUGUUAAUUUUUGUAAAUAUAUAGUUGUUACUGUGUCAUCCACACCACGUCUUAAUUUGAUAUUUGGAAAUUCUAUCCUUCACCUCUUCACUCGUUCGUUUUCAUUAAUUUAUUUUCAUUCUUCAAUUUUCACUCAUAUCUUUUCAUCCAUUAUUUAUCUAUUUAUUUAUUUAUCUGUCUAAAUUUUCCUACCUUUUGACAAAAACUAAUCAAAGGAAAGUUAAAGCUCCUUUUCAAUCACUUCUGUACUUCGAACUUUAGAAUGGUUGUACUGAAAUCGCAGCUCUAAGGACAGCUCUUAUUAUUUCGACAGGGCCUCUUUUUCGGAACCACUUCGAGAGUUUUUAUGAUGAUGUACCAAUCAACGACGUUUAAUCAAUGUAAACCACAAUGAAAUUAGUUUUAUAAGAGUUCUUUGCAUCUAUUUUUAGUGUAAUGAUAGAAUCUAAAAAACACGGAACGGCGGAAAAUGACCCCAAAUCCUAAAACACGGAACGGAUGUCAGGGCAUGUUGCAAAUUUUGUACAAAAACACUAAGCGCUUGGCUCAUUUAUCCCCACGACGAUAACGCGCGUGACUAAAAUUAAGUGUUAUUAAUUUUUUUUCUUUUACUGA